UUCAUCAUUGCAUAAAUUAGAACGAAUUAAAAGCAUUGUAAUCUAUGUAUAAUAAUUAGUGUUCAGACUAACCUAUUAACUAUUCAGAUACAUUUUUAUCAAAAUAUCGACUUUUGAACUAUCAAAGUCUUGUAAUUGUUAAUUGUUCGCUGAAGAUACUUAAAUAACCUAUAUAAUAUUAUAUAUAUAUUUUAUUAUACACAUAAAUGUACAAUAUGUAUAUCAAAUAGCCUUUAGUAUAUAUUAGAACACUUUAAGUUAGUAUAUUGGCAUUAGUGAUAUUUCUUAUAAAUGCUUAAUAGUUACAUUUACUGUUGAACACCAAUCCGCUCUGUUGUGAUUUAUUAAUUUUUAUAGUAUUAAAUGGAUUCUGCUUCUGCUGAAAAUACAAAUCGACUUAAGCCACUCAAUGAUUUAAGUAAUGAAGAUCAACUUUUAAUAUCCAUGUGUACACUGGCUAGGGAGAGAGCAUAUGUUCCAUACAGCAACUUCAAAGUCGGUGCAGCGUUACGAUGUGAUGAUGGUACCAUAUUCUCAGGCUGUAAUGUAGAAAAUGCCUCGUAUGGGCUCGCAAUAUGCGCAGAACGUACAGCUAUUGUGAAAGCUGUAAGUGAAGGAAAAACCAAAUUCACUACAAUUGCUAUUGCAGGAUUGAACAAUAAUCAAUUUGUUCCUCCUUGUGGUGCUUGUAGACAAGUAUUAAGUGAAUUUAAUAAUCCCAAUAAUGACAUGAUUGUUUAUUUAUACCAACCGGAGGGUAGUAAUGUAGUUAAGACAAGUGUGUCUGAACUACUUCCAUUGGAUUUUAAAUUUAAUUUUAAUACUAAUUAAUGAAUUGUUAAUUAUCAAGUAAAAAUAGCUUAUCUAUUAACUUUUUUAAAUUAUACCUGUUAUGAGUUAAGGUUUUGACAGGAUUUUUUUUUUAAUAAUGACUACUUUUAGAUAAAUUUAGACGCAAUAACCAUUUAUAUUUUAUACAUAUUACUUCAAUUUACUUGUAAAAUAUCAUUCAUUAUAAAAAUUCAAAUAAUUAUAUAAGUACAGGGUUCUUAUAUUUUUGAUCUUAUGUAUAAAAUAUGUAAAUAUAGUAUUUUAUAAAUAUAUAAAUCAUAGUUUACAUGUUACACGUAAAGUUAAUUUUUGUAUACUUAUAUAGUUAUAUAUUAAAUGAACAUACCAAAAUUAAAAUAAACCAACUUCAAAAAUGUAUAAAUUCAUUAAAACUUUUUAGUGAUUUAAAUUUUUUUUUUCUUGAAUAAAGCUAUAGAAUAAAUAUAGUUGUUUUUAUUAAAUAAUACAGAAUAUAUAUAGGUAGGUGCAUAAAUAAAAUUAUGGGUAUAAGUUAGUGAUGGGUUGAACUGAAUCAAACCAAACCCUUGAUGUUCGGUUCGACUCAAAAUUUGAACUCUGUAUGAAAAAAAUUUGAACCGAAGUAUCAAGUAUCUUUUACUGUUCGAAAUUCAAACUCCAAAUAUUUUUCGAACUAGACUUUCUGGCCUCUAUAGUUCAAAUACCAAAUAUUUGUAAAAUUCUUCAAAAGUUAUUUUAAAAAACUUGUAUAAUGGUUAUUUACUAUUUAGAAAUAGUUAGACUAUUAGAGACUGUGUACCUACAUUAAUUGAUAUUUUUGUUUUUAUAACAUUUAUUGUAACAGGAAUAAACUAUUUUGGAUAAACUCAUGGUAAUAUUCCAAUACCACGGUUGUGUAGUUGAUAAAAAAUGUAAAACAUGUUUACAAUUUACAUUCUAUAAUUCUAUAAUAGGUAAUACGAAAACUCAAAAUAUAAUUGUAAUUAUGAUUUAAUUUGUACAUAUUAAAAAAUGUUCUGCGUUCGAGUUCGACUUAAAAUGAUUCUUGGUUCAGUUUGGCUCAAUUAAAAAAAUGAGGGUUUGAGCCAUGACUAGUAUAAGUACAUAACUUUCAUCUUUAACCCACCAGUGGUCGCGAUGUGAGCUCGGCGCUCACCUCGUUAUUAUUUUGAGAGCCACUUAUUUAUUUAUUACUUGAUUCAUCUGAUAUUAUUUAUACCUUCAAUCGAAACAUGUUUAAAUAUACUUUUGCAAAUAUAAUAAUUUUAUAGAUAAUUCUCGAUUAGAUAUCGACAUGCAAUGUUGUUAAUAUCCAUAAAUUGAGCAUUGCACUCACUCAAUAGAUCGACCUAAUGCUAUUUCGUAAACUCGGAACGUUA